UUUAGAACAUCAGCUGAAAUGAAAAUAAAUUUUAUAUGUUAUUAUAUCAGAAGUCAUUUAUUUUAUUUGUAAACUUUUAAUUGCAAGAGAUUGAAAUUCAAGAAUUUCAAUAAAAUAAAAUAAACAAAUCCUGAUGAAUUUUAAGUUUUAAAGAUGAAAAUUGAACAUUUUCCUUUGUUUAAAGUUUAGCUAAUGUAAAAUAAAUAGGGACACCCAUUUCCUUCCACUGAAAUUACCUAUCUUUGCUGUCAUCUGCCAUUUAUCCGACAUCCUGUGAUAUGUAUAAACUUACUCAGAUUUUCUUGGAGUACUAUAUAAUCGAAAAAUGAAUGUUUUUGCAAAGAUUAAAAGAAUGAAAAUAUUUUAAAAAGAAAAAUUUUUGUAUAAUACUAAAGAACAAAAUGGAAAGAGUGGCAAUAUCUCUUCACUUUAUUCCUUAUUUUUCCUUAUUUUUAUUUGUAUUAAUUUCUAAAUCAGCUGCAAAUUGCUGGGACAAAGAGAAAAGUGUGGAUAUGACUGAAGACAUUGACAUAGAAGUGGGAUCGCCUUUCACAUUGAACUGUACUUUGCAUCGAGAAAGUAUAAUUAUAGAUGAGAAUAAAUAUUAUGCAAAUGCUUCUUAUAUUAUUUUCAAGAAAGGCGAUAGACUUAUUGAACAUGCAGAAAAAAUUGUGGUUUCUCCAUUAACUGCUCUGCUUAAAGUAAAUGUUAGUGAAGCUAAUGAUACUGGAUAUUAUAAUUGUAUUAUAAAAUUACCUGAUACCAAGAAAGAUAUUACUAUAUGUAGCAGUCGUGUUUGCAUUGGUUAUAAACCAACACCACCUGUAAAUUUUUCAUGUAAAAUUCUUCACUAUAAAGCGUUACGAUGUGGAUGGUCAACUGAACCAAACAAUGUUACUAUAACAUCAAAAAUUUAUCAAAAGCAAAAUUCAAAACACAAUGUUUUUUCAGUUCAGCAAUGUCCACAUAAAGAACGUAUUUCAAGUAAUUAUUGGAUGUGCGAGUGGAAGCUGACCUCCAAUCCAGCUUUUAAUCAGUUUAUAUUGGAUUAUGAUUUUGUUGUUGAGUCGAGCAAUAGUCUCGGAUCCAGAGAUGAUACAUUUAAGAUGCAUCGUGAUGAAAUUGUAUUGCCAGGUCCACCUAAACAUUUAAUAUAUCACAAUUUGCAGCCAAAAAGUUUACUAUUGGAAUGGCAAUAUCCAGAUGAAAUGGAAAAUUUUUUAUCACGUCUUAUUUAUCAAUUAGUAUAUUAUAAAGUAAAUAAAAACUUCACUAAAGAUUUAAAAGUUAUUAAUGUUACGAGUAACGAAAAACAUAUAUUUUAUAAUAUUACAAAUUUAAUACCACAUAUGCAAUACAAAUUUGAAGUUCGAUGCCGCUCAAAUGCUUCCAAAGGUGAUGACAUGUGGAGUAAGAAUGAAACAAUAGUUAUUCAAACUAAAGAAGAUGUUCCUUAUAUUGUGCCAGAAAUAAUAAAAGAAGCUUUUGAAGUUCAGAAGUCAGAAAAUAAUUAUAGAAUUACCCUUUAUUGGAAACCCGUACCUGAAGAAUUUAGGAAUGGAAAAAACUUCUUCUACGUGGUGACUUAUACACCGUUAAAUAUAUCAUACGAAGAAAGCAAUAUUGUAUCGUAUAAAAACAAAAUCAAUUCAUCAUCAUCACAUGUCACUUUCAGUAACCUCAAUUCAAGUAUAGCAUACGAAUUUCAAAUAUAUUCUGCUAAUAAUAAUGGUAUUUCGGAAAAAUCAAACUCUAUUGUGGUGGACAAAUGGGAUAAUUUAUUACCAUCUCCUGUUGACGUUGCUGUGAUAUCAUACGGUCAGGAUUAUUUCAAUAUAUCUUGGAAACCAGUUUAUAAAACAGAAAACCUAAUUAAAGGUUAUACAAUAUUUUGGUGUACUAAUCUACCAAGAUCUUAUAACCUCCUUUCUAAACCAUGUAAUGGUUCCAUUCAUUGGAAGCACGUUUCAGCAAAGACAACUUCGAUAAAACAUCCAAUGUCAGAUCUCCAAACGAAUAUAAAGUUUGCUGUAGCAGCAGUUUCAAACUCUUCAUCUUCAGGGAUGGUAUGGGCACCUUGCAUGAUUUCAUAUAAUGACACUGUUGUGAAGAUCAGAGAACCAUUUUCCAUUACUGCAAAAAACUUUUCUACUAUACAUAUUGCUUGGAGUUUUGAUUGUAAUGCUCAGAAAGUUUUAAUAAAAGAAUUUUAUAUUAUUUAUUGUCGAGCAAAAGACGAGAGAAGUAAUUGCAUUGACAAAAUAUAUUCACAUAAGUUAGAAAAUAAGAGUGAAGAACAUUAUUAUAUAACUGGACUGGCUUCAAAAACAUAUUAUUGUAUCUUCAUUAGAAUUAUUACUACAAAUGGCAAGAAAAUAGACAGUACUCAUCAAUUUGUACAAACGCCAUCCGAAGGUACCUCUCCAGAAAUGAUUGUCAGUAUCAUUGUUGGCGUGUCCUUCACUUGCAUUUGUUUAACGUUCAUAAUUUGUUUUCUUGUGAAAUGGAUGAAAAAGAAAUAUGAUGCAGUGAAGGGAAUUAAAAUAAAAUUACCAGAAGGUCUUAAUGGCCCCUUAGGAUCAUACGAAAACUUUAAAAAAGGUUUAUUACAACAAAAUACAAGCUUACCUCCACUGAAACCAAGACCUGGCUCUUUUGUUUUGGAUAAUAAUAAAAAUAGGUGCAUAUCUACACUCAGUAAUAGUUCUGCAGAAGAGUUGUUAUACAAAAAUAUCGACCGAUGUAAUACUUAUUGGAGAAAUCCAAGCGGAGAUAGUAGUAGCGGAUGCAGUAGCAAUGGAAUUCACGAUAGCAUUUCAUCGUCUAAUACCAAUCACACUCAUCUGUCGACGGAUUCCGGUGCCGAAUUAGACAUUUCGCCCGUUAAUACUGUCGACAAUGUUUUCUGUGAUCCGAGUCUAAUUUUAAAAUCAAAGAUCCAUUCCAACUCUGAAAUAGACAUACAAAAUGGCAAAAGCAGUGAUUCUGGUUUAGAUAAGGAAAUACCUGUAGUGUGUGGAACCAAAACUGAAAUGGAACAACCAACUUCCACUGCCAAUUUCAUUUUGCCAUUAAAUAAUCAGUCAUUUCAGCAUCCGUAUAGUAAAUUUGGUUUAAACGGGCCAAAUUCUCAUUAUUCCAAGCAGUGGAAUAAUAUUUUAACAAUCAAUUAUAAUUUAUGCAACAGUGAGCCUUCUAUUAUAAACAUUAACAAUAAUUCUAAUGAUAAAAAUAAACCUUUGGCAUCGAUACCCUAUUCUAAAAUAGGUAUCUCCAGGAGCUCAGAAAGUAUUGACCAUUUUCCUAAAGAUAAUCAAGAUUAUUAUAAUAAUGAGAAUUUCAUAGAAAAUGCUGACAAAAACAAAGAUUUUGAAUUACCAGCAUAUGUUUGUUCAAAUUUACAGCAUAAAAAUAAUGUCUUAAAGCCUUAUAUUUCUAUGGGAUCAUAUUUUGAAAGCAUCGUUAAAGUUCCUAAUUGUAAAGAAGGCUUACCUGUAAAUUCGAAAGGUAAUGACGAUAACAUGGCAUAUUCUAAAUUUGAUAUCCAUCCAUCAAUAGAUGUGGUAUCGAGCCAAGUUAACCCUUACAUUCCAGUACAGCAGGCCCAUUCUAUGAUGCAAGGAGUAAUUUUGCCAGAAAUCAAUUUAAAUCCUUCAUUUGAUAUCAAUAUUUUUAAUUUUAAUAAUGAUUUACCACCGUCAGAAGUCUCGUCACCGGAUACGAACGUUGGUGAAGAACUUUUAAAUACUGACGAAAAUUUUUAUUCUUCAAACGAACAUGCCAUAAAUGGAACCACUUGUACUUACGGUUGUGAUAAAGAAAUUGACUUAAGAUCCGAAGAUGACAUCGAAAGGCAAAAAUCUGACGUGACAGAAAACAAAAGUCCACAGACAUUGAAUGUUUGUUAUGCAGAAGAGCCUUAUAAAAAGUUUAAAUAUGUGAAUGAGAAUGGUACCACACCUGAAGGAAAUAACUUUGAAGUAAUUAUGGCACCGCAACAACUAGAACAGUCGGAUUGUGCUCCGUCUUACAUAUCUCCAUUCAGGUUCGAGGACCAAUCCAACAAAGUCAACGCCACGAGUAACGAAAACGGUUACGUUCAUCUCCCUACUGUUUAUUAUGUAUAGAACAAAAAAAAAUCUGUGUUCAAAAUUUCCGUCGAUUACCACUUUCAUAAAAUUGAGCCGACUCAGGGGUUUACGUGAAAUUUCUUGUAUAAAUGUUACGGAAAAUGUUUUAUAAAGUUAGUUUAUUUGAUACCUGAUAAUGCCACAUAUUUUAUAUAAUUACACAAAGACAGUGGUAUGGGAGAACUAUAUUCAAUGAAACUAGGUACAAUAUUGUAAUUAUACAAUGAAAGAAACUUUUCUUUAUGUACCAAAUUGAAAGUUUGCUUAGUUUAAUUCAUUAUGGCCUUACGUUAUGUUGGCAUUAUUAAACUAAGAAUUCAUUUUUUAAUCAUUCCGAAACAAUUGCUCCGUCGUCAUAAAACAGUUACUGCUUCACAUAUUUGAUUUUAAUUUUUAAAAAAAAUCAUGAGAAUUUUACAAAAUUAAACAAGCAUGGAAAAUUGUUUCCUGAUUUCUAUAUUGUUAUACGAUAAAUUUAGGCUAUUGAAUUAAUAAUGACCUAAAUUUAAAAUGAUUAUUUGAUUUUUAAAAAAUCUCAUGAUAAUAUUUCUGUUUGAUAUGUCAUAAUUUGGUAUUUGAAUUGUUUUAUUACGAAAACAAAUAUCACAUAAGUUCAAAAAUUUAUAAAUCUAGUCAUUUAUAAGCUCAAUUUUUCUACUGUUACAAAGCUUUUCAAUUCACUUUCUCGUGUAAUUUACUUAACAUUCGGACAAAGUGGUUUUUUUUUUUAAUCAUUUGCAUUCACGAAAUUUUCUAAAAACCAAUGAAUAAAUGUAAGCAACACUUAGUAACAUUUCAUGUUAACUGUUCUCAAAGAUAGUUUCAAAGUCACUUUUCUGCCAAAUUUCUUUUCCGUUCAGUUCAAACCAUAUUGUAAAUAUUUUGGUGUAUUUUUGUGCAUUGUACAAGGAUAGGAAUGGAUCAUUUCUGACAUUGGCGUGUUGCACAAUUAUUUAUGUAAGUAAU